GCUAUGCUAUCCAUUCUCUAGGACCAAAGGGUUUAGGGUUUUACUUGUAGGAAUUUUGAAAUGGGAGGUUUCGUGGCUUUCGUGCCGGAUUCUUUUAAGCCUCAGAGAUGACUCUGGCCAUUUUCGGCUUGUUAAACUUCACAAUUUCUGUUUAUUACGUUUGAUUAUCCUGGUCCCUAAGUGCAGUGUUCCAAAUUUCUGCAACAAAGAAAGUAAAAUUUCAGGAAUAUGGGAUCACAAAAUAUCAGAGACCUCUUGACAUCGUUUAGUCCUUCAUUUGAUUUCUUUGCUAUUAGUUCUGGAGAUGGUCGGAUUAAGAUUUGGGAUACUUUGAAGGGGCAGCUCCAGACCGAGUUUGCUGACAUUACAUCAACUGAUGCUGGGGAUCUGUACACAAAGCCAGAAAAAGGGCACCUUUCAAUUGACUACACCUGCAUGAAAUGGUUAUCAUUAGAGAGAAAGAGAAAAAAGGAAGUUGCGCAUUCAUUGCUAGUUUUGGGGACAGGUGGUGGUGAUGUUUUAGCAUUGAAUGUAUCUGCUGGUCAAUUGAAGUGGAGAGUUAGUGACUGCCAUUCUGGGGGUGUCAAUGCCAUUUCAUUCUCCACCCAUGCUUUAUGUAUAUAUACUGCAGGAGUUGAUGGUAUGGUUUGCCAAAUUGAUUGCAUGACAGGAAACCUAUUAAGGAAGUUUAAGGCUUCUACGAAGACAAUUUCCUCAAUUGCCAUCUCGCCAGAUGGAAAAAUGCUAGCAACUGCAGCUGGUCAGUUGAAGAUUUUCAAUUGCUCAGAUAAUAAUAAAAUACACAAAUUUUCUGGCCAUCCUGGGGCUGUUCGUUGUAUGAUCUUCAGUGAAGAUGGGAAGUACAUCCUCUCUUCUGCUGUUGGUGAGAGAUAUCUUGCAGUAUGGAGAUUAGGUGGAAGCAAAAAAAAGUCUGCCAGCUGUGUACUUGCAAUGGACCAUCCUGCUGUUUUUCUUGAUUGCAAGUGCAGGGAAAAUGAAAGUACAGACGAUGUUGGUCUCUAUAUUCUGGCUGUUACGGAAACUGGUCUGUGCCAUUUUUGGUAUGAGAAAAAUAUUGAGGAAUUAGGCAAUACCAAACCCACGAUAAUCUCAUUAUCAAGUGAGGCUCAGAUUACAAAGAAUGAUUCUUUACAUGCAAUAUUUGCUGCCAAAUUACAAUGCCCUGUGAAACCUGCCUCUGCACAGAUAUUGGUUGCCUGUGGUUCACUAGUAAAGCCAUCAUUUGAGAAAAUCUUAGUGCGGCAUGGUGUAGACAUAAAGUUGAGUAGUUAUCAAGAUGUGGUUCUUCUGCCAAUGGGUCAGUCCAACAAAUCUAAGAAAAGGCAGGAUUUACAAAUUGGAGUCACUGCUUUAGACCGCUCGAAUGCAGAAGAUGCAUUAAUUCCAAUUCCAAGGAUUUAUGACUUUCAUGAUAAAAAGAGAAAGCACCGACGCUCUAGCAUAGAUGCUGAAACCGCUGUUGAUUUAGACAGUAAUAAGAAAGAAGUUAACCCUGUGGAUAACAAUGUUGAGAAGGAAAAAGUUGCAGCAGAUACUGUUACAAUAUGUAUUGAGGACCGCCUUAGGUCAUUAGGAAUUCUUACAAAUGAAGCUGAUGUUACUAGAGAAAGUUUUCCGCAGAUUAAUUCAAGUCUAAAUUUUACUAUGUUCAGUGAUGCUUACUUGGAAGCCAAUAUCCCACAAAAGAAGAUUAAGGCAACUGUUUUGUCCAUGACACCUCCUGAUGCACACAAGUUGCUGACAAGCCUGGUGGCCAUGUGGAAAUCAAGCAGGUCUGGCAUUGGAAAGUAUGUUCUUCCAUGGAUUUAUAGUAUAUUAGUGAAUUAUGGUCACUAUGUCAUGUCUCAAGAACCGUCAAAUCAGUUGCUUGAUUUCUUGUACAAGAUGACAGAAUGCAAAGGAAAAGCUGUUCAACCUUUGUUACAGUUGUCUGGCCGUUUGCAACUUAUAUCAGCACAGAUUGACAAGGCUCAAACAAUAUCAAAUGAUCAUCAGUUGGAUGAAACUGAAGAUGAUGAUGAUGAUGUAGACGAAUUUGUGUAUGGGGAAGAGGAAGAAUUAUCACAAAGUGAUAGUGAGGACAAUAAUUAAGAGCAUAAAAGUAUAAAGCAGUUUCCAUGCCAAAUUCAAAAUUUAUGCCAUUUUGCACACAAGUGAGCCCGAGAAGAGCAUUUCUUUGGCUACUUUACAGCUCCCUCACCUGUACGGUUCACUUCUUAUGGCAAUCUUCUAUCAAUAUUAUUCAAGCUUUCCUAUCUUGGGCUACAAAUGUUAUUUUUAUAUUUUUGUACCAUUCUCUGAUCACCAAGUGGGAAAUAUUUUUGUUUUUGUUUUUUUUUUUUUUAAUUUUUUUGGACAAAUUGAUAUCAGUUGAAUGUUAGUUUUUGUAAUUUAUGUGAGAAUGUGUAAAUGUGCGAGAAAAUGCUUUCAUUAGUUGUUGCUUUAA